UCGAAUGUAUGCAAUAAGUUCAACAUUUUUUCGUAGUUUUGCAAGUACACCUUUGAGUUUCAACUGUAAUUAAUUAUGGAUCCUACCAAGAGAGAUCUUAAACGAAAAAACACUACUUUACCAUACUGCACAAAAACACCUAGAUUACAAGCUGAUAAUCUCAGUCAAAAUGGCUUAUUCAGCGAUUGGCCCAUGCACUGCCGGUUCCCGCUGUUCAACCAGGACCUGCAGCCGGAACCGGUGAACCUGCACAGCAACAGCAGCGGCAGCCAUCACCGCCGGCCGGAGCCGAGCCGGGCGUUGGACAUCGCGGUGGAGAGGGCGCACGACCGACUGCGGCCCGUCAACCCGUUGCACCACCAGGACGACCGGGAGCACAACAGGCACCACGCUUAGCUGACCGCCGGUCUGCUGCUGUUGCUGUCCGCAACGUUCGACCGUGGACCGUGAAAUAACGUUUUUAACAUUACGAUACAUACGCGUGUGUGUGUGUGUGUGUGUGUGUGUGUGUACGUUAUACAUAUUUACGUUUAUGUGUGUGUAAGUAGUGGUAAUAGUAGUAGUAGUAGUAGUAGUAGUAGUAGUAGUAGAUGUAAUGACGACGACGGCAGCCCCUCCGAAAUGGGGUGGACGAGGCGAAAUCUAGAAGAAGAAAAAAAUUCACCGACCCGAUUCUCACCUGGCCGACGCGCGUUCCGACCUCAAAACACCUGUUGUCGAGCGCACCAUACACAACGUCGGAUCGCGUGUUCGUCGCCGCAACGUUUCGGCGGUACAGCGAUUUCGGUUCGUGAAACUGGUUUCGUAAAUAUUCAUGUCCGGAGAUCGUUCGGCGACGAGACGAUUUUUUUUCGCAUCGUACCAUUAUUGCGGUGCUGUUGCCGUUUCGUCGCUAAUGUACAUAAGUAAAAUUUAAAUUUAAAUAAUAAUAGCGAAACGCGUGUGUAAACGUGCCGUUUGCAAUAAUGCCUACGUCCCGGUACGAAUAUUUUCUACGAAAGCCGUCUCGCGCACGCCCCCCUUCGCAUUGGCUCGCGAUUCUCUAUAGGAAACAAAUUGCGCAGAACACACAAAUACGUUUAACACGAUAAUAAUAAUAAUAAUAUCAAAAACGCUAUUACGAUGUAUAUAAGUAGUGCUUAAUAUAAUUUAUUGUGUGCUACGUGAUGUUAUUACAGACGAUAAUUAUACGCGUUGCGUUUUCCAACGAUCCCGCGCAUACAUUAUUGCAGAAAUACCUUUAUAAUAUUUUGAUAAUGUUACACACCGAUUUGUAUUACGCGCUGACCUGUACGUAAUAUCCUACGGCCGUAUAACGCUGAUGAAUAUUAUUACC